UUCUCAUUGGAAAUUUAUUUGUCUUUCUCUCUCUUCCUUUCUUUCUGUCCUUGCUUAUAUCCCUUCUCCUUUUUCUCAUCUUUAGCCACUUCCAAGAACCAAAUCCAGCCACCCUGUUAUGCAAAUCUAGAAUAAAAGAAACAAACCAAAAAACAGAAUCAAAGAGAAACCAAAGCAUCUAGAACCUGAGGCCAACAAGUUUAUAGAAAAUGAAUAACACCCUUUGUCCUGAAAGUGAAAUUAGUAUCUCAGCCAAAAAGAACAGAAUGAUAAUGAAAGAACUUGUUAAGGGUCAGGAAUCUGCUACUCAACUCAAGGUUCUUCUUGAGAAGCCCUUUGGGAGUGAAGGGUCUCUCUCUUGUCAGGAACUCACGGCCAAUGUCCUCAGAUCUUUCACUCAAGCUAUUUCUAUCAUAAACUCUUCUUCUGCAGAUGAGGUGGCUCAUCGGAGUCUCCUGAAUUCCGGCCAAAAUGGGUCGCCGGUGGCCGUUUCCGGCGAGAACAGAUCCCAAAAGGGUGGGAGAGGUCGCUACAAUAGAAGGAAAAGUGCGGUGUCAUGGUCCAUACUCUCAUGCACCACGGAUGAUAAUCAUGUAUGGAGGAAGUAUGGACAAAAGGGAGUUCUGAAUUCUGAAUUUCCUAGGAGUUACUUCAGGUGUGGUCAUAAGUAUGAUCAAGGUUGCCUUGCAAAAAAACAGGUGCAGCGGGAUCAAGAGAAUUCAAAUAUGUACCGAACUACCUACAUUGGAAUUCACACAUGCAAUGCCACCACCAAGGCUACAUAUUCUGCCACAGAUCUUCUGAAUUCUGAUCAUGACUCCGAGGUACCUAAUGUUCAGGAUCACCACAUUAGCCCUCCAAGCUUAAAUAUAAAACAAACAUUUCCCAAAGAAAACACACCAAGUGAUGUUACAGAUCACAUGUUGAAUCCUAGCAUGUGGUCAGUUUUGAAGGAUUUUGAACCAUCCAAUAAGCCUACCAUUGUGCCCUUAAUGAUGGAAACUGAUACUAAUAAUGUAGAUAAUGUGUAUUCAUCUCAACGUCUGGACAUGGAUUUUCGGGUGCCAUCUGUUCAUUUUGGCACUGAUUUUCCCUUUGACGAAGGUCACUUUCUAAUUUAAUACUAGUUGUUGGUUUCCUAGGCUUA